GGCCCAAGACAUUGUGCUGCCUGGGUUCAAGAGUGAAAUGCUGCCCCCACCCCCAAAAAUAAAAAAUAAAAAGCAAUAGGUAGGUAGCAGUUUGCCCACAUUAGGUAGAUAGCCUAGAUUCCCCUUAUUAGUUAGCCUAGAGGGAUGAAAAGAGUGUCAUGGUGUCACCCCAUCAGGCUGGUGUCACCUGGUGCAGUCUGUGAUUGAUUGGGGCUGGCCACAUGUCCUCUUUCAUUGGCAGCCAUGAUUUUCCUAUGUGUUAUGCAGCCGUGCUAAAAGAGUGAUACAGCUUAUAGAAAGUUAAUCUUCCAGAUAGCUGUUUAUAAAGUGAUUAUUUGCUUGUAGAGAAAGACCAAUCUGCUUGUAAUUUCUGAGUCUCUCGCGUAUACACAGCUAGUAGCUACUCCACACUGAAAGCUGUGGUAAGUGUUUCCUCAGUUUCUGCUUCUUCUGGCUAACUCCUCCACCUGAUCAAUAAUACACAUCUUUCUUACAUUGCUGCUAAUAUAACAUUAACAUGAAGUAAUAGAGCAGCAGGUUUCCCGGGAUGUUAUAGGUCCUCUUUAGAUAUCCAUUUUCCCAUGUAUGAUUAGUACCCUCUGCGUACGUAACAAAAGUUUAUGUACACGUUCUAUAUUAUUUCUUAUAAUUAUAACUGAGUUAAUAACACUGAUGUUCUGAGUCCGGAAGAGAAAAUCACCAGUGACCACCGUAUUGUCUCCAUGUCAAAAGCAGACAUUGUCUCUGUAUAUGUGUUCAACCCUUCUUUGAGAGUCACUUUCACAAUUGAGAGAUGAGGGCUGCAGUGCUACCUCUGGAUGUCAACACUCCUUCAAGCAUUUUCAAUCUCAAAAUGAGCCUCAUUGCAUUGCAGUUAACCUCAGCACUUGGGUUAUUUGUUGUUAUGAUUGUGAUGAGGAGCUAUCUACUCACUGCAACAAGAAGGCUCUUGCUCAGAUGCUGGAUUUUCUCCAGAAACACUCAUCACGCUCUGAGAAAGGUUCUUCUUCAAAGGUCAUUUGCUUAAAAGAACAAAGUGGUGAACUUUUUAGAGAGAAAACAUCCCUUCACUUUAUGUCUGUCCCUGUAAAAGGAAUAACAAACUUGGGCAACACUUGUUUCUUUAACGCUGUCAUGCAGAAUCUUGCCCAUACCCACGUGCUAACAGAAGCGCUGUCUGAAAUGAAGGAAAAGGCCACAAAGUUGAAGAUUUGCCUUAAUGAAGAAAACUUGGAUCAGUUAGUGAUCAGCCUCCCUAAUCCUGGACCUCUCACAUCAGCGGUGGUCUUAUUCUUGCACAGUAUGAAAGAGCCAGGAAAAGAACCAUUGACUCCCAAAAUGCUCUUUAGCCAGCUCUGUCAAAAAGCCCCUCGAUUUAAAACCUUCCAGCAACAAGAUAGCCAGGAACUACUUCACUAUUUGCUGGAUGCUUUGCGGUUAGAAGAAACAAAGCGUAUACAGUCUGGUAUUCUCAAAGCAUUUAACAACCCAACGACGAAAACUGCAGAUGAGGAAACAAAGAGAAAAGUCAAAGCUUACGGAAGAGAAGGCAUAAAAGCUAAUUUUAUUGACAUGAUAUUUGUUGGAGAAUUAACCAGCACAGUCAUGUGUGAAGAAUGUGAAAAUAUUUCUUCUGUUAAAGAAGCAUUUAUUGAUCUUUCUCUGCCGAUUAUAGAGGGAAGGGUGUCCAAACCUUCGAUAUGUGGAAAAGUAAAAAAGGCAAAUACCUUUCAGGAUAAUAUAUUACCUCAUUGUAAUGACAACUCACUGGGAAGUACAUACAAGACCCACCCUGGAGUCAACAACAAUAAUCUUGUAAAUGAAGGACAGAAAGUUUCACAAAAAUCAUCUUCUGACAAGAGUAAAAGUCUUGUAACAGUUGAUGAAACCAAUACGCAGUGUGAACUGGAUAAAAGAGAUGGUUUUGUAUUGGAAUCCAAGUCUACUUCCAGGAGUGUUAACACUGGCAGCCAGUCAGAUGGCAGUGAAAGAGAUGGUGAGAGCCAGCUGGAGAGCAGCGGAGAUGCGGAUAGUGAGGCUUCAGACUGUGAAACUUCACCAGUCCAAACGGUGUCAAAUAGAGAGUCUAAUAAUCAUAAAAAACAUGUCACUUUGGAGAGGCCGCAGUCCACUAAUAAUAACAUCGACAUUGAUGCAGUCAGUGACUCUUUAUCCAAGAUCAAUCUCAAUCAAGUGGCAGAUAGUAUGGACUCUUGUAAAGAUGUCAGCAGCACAAACAGUCCGCCUUGUUCUUAUGCAAAGUGUGUGCUAUCCCAGAACCCACAAAAUGCUUUCCAAACACUCUCUCAGGGCUACCUAACCAGCUCCAAAGAAUGCUCUGUACAGUCCUGUCUUUACCAGUUUACAUCUGUCGAGCUCUUAAUGGGGAACAACAAGCUGCUGUGUGAGACGUGCACUGAAAACAGGAUCAAGCAUCAGAUGAAGACACAUUUUAAGGAGGAAAAGCAAGACAGUGUGUACACCAAUGCGCGGAAACAGCUCUUAAUAUCUUCAGUGCCAGCCAAUCUCAUUUUGCACUUGAAAAGAUUCUGUCAGAAUGGGUUAACCCUCCGUAAAAUCAAUAGGCAUGUGGACUUUCCCUUUAUACUAGACUUGGCUCCAUUUUGUUCUGUAACUUGCAAGAAUGUGUCAGAAGAAAAGUGUGUUUUGUACAGUCUUUAUGGAGUAGUAGAACACAGUGGGUCAAUGAAAGGAGGACAUUAUGUUGCAUAUGUGAAGAUAAGAAUACCUACCAAAAAGGCAUUUGACAACAUGAGUGGUGGCAAGCAUUCGUCUGUAUUAAAAGAUGGCGCCAUAUCGUCUGCCAGUAAAUGGGUGUACGUCAGUGAUACACAUGUACAAGUGGUUUCAGAGUCCAGAGUUCUAAGCUCACAAGCAUAUCUUUUAUUUUAUGAAAAACUAUGUUAGAUACAGUUUUACAUAUUACAUAUCAUAGUUUGCAAUUUAGAGUACAGGCCAGUGCAAAUGAGGACAAAGUGACAGCUUUUAUAUCGGAUACCUGAAGAACAAUGAAUGAAAAGGUCUUCAUUCAGCCUUUGACUGCCAUGCCAGUGGGGCAGGUUAUAUGAAGGAGUUAAGUACCUUGGCAUGGAAGAUUCUCCAAGGUAUGAACACCUCAUACAUAAAAGAUUCAGCAUGACGGUAUGUUCACACAGGCUGAUCUUCUGUUAGUUUCCUGCUGUGGGUUAAAGUUACUGCAGCAGGCCCCUAUUGAAGUCCGUGUAUUCUGCUGAAGGUUUUCCACUGUGGAAACUGCACCUUGGAAAACCUGCUGUACCCUAAGAUUGGUACUUUGAUUCUAGUAGUUUUAUUCUACUUGAGGCCAUGUGUGACUGAGCAGUUGCACUUGUCGGCACUAUGGUUUUAUUUUACCUUUCUCUCUUGUUUAAAUUUGUUAUAUACUACAUUUGUUCUGGUGCCUAGUGACUUAUUAAAGGGGUAUUCCAGGAAAAAACUUUUUUUUUUUUUAUAUCAACUGGCUCCAGAAAGUUAAACAGAUUUGUAAAUUGCUUCUAUAAAAAAAAUCUUAAUCCUUACAAUAAUUAUCAGCUGCUGAAAUGGAGUUGUUGUUUUCUGUCUGGCAACAGUGCUCUCUGAUGACAUCUUUGUUUGCUAUGGGGAUUUGCUUUUAAACUGGGCGUUUCCCGAGACAUGUGUCAUCAGAGAGCACUUAGACAAAAAAGAACAACUCAAC